AUGGCUGCAGAGAACCCCGUGGAAAGUCUCCAGGAGGAAGCGACAUGUCCCAUCUGUCUGGAGUAUUUCACAGAACCUGUCACUCUGGAGUGUGGGCACAAUUUCUGCCGAGCCUGCAUCAGCCAGUUCUGGGAGGGAUCCGAUACAGCCGCCUCCUGCCCUCAGUGCAGAGAAACUGUGCAACAGAGAAACCUCAGGCCCAACAGGCAGCUGGCAAACAUGGUAGAAAUCGCCAAACGGCUGAGUUUACAGGCAGCAAAGGGAGCAGGAGGGGACAGGGUGUGUGGGAAACACCAGGAGGCUCUGAAACUGUUCUGUGAAGAGGAUCAAACCCCCAUCUGUGUGAUCUGCAGAGAGUCCCGGGCUCAUCACUCUCACACAGUGGUUCCCAUACAGGAAGCUGCCCAGGAGUACAAGGAAAAAAUACAAGCCCAUCUGAAGACUCUGAAGGAAGAGAGAGAAAAGCUGCUGGGAUUUAAAGUGACUGGAGAGAAGAGAAGCCAGGAGUAUCUGAAACAGACAGAAACCGAGAGACAGAAGAUUGUGUCUGAAUUUCAGCAACUGCGGCAGUUCCUGGAGGAACAAGAGCGACUCCUGCUGGCCCAGCUGGAAAAGCUGGACGAGGAGAUUGUGAAGAUACAGAAUGAAAAUGUCAGUAAACUCUCCGAGGAGAUUUCCCAUCUCAGUGAGCUGAUCAGUGAGCUGGAGGGGAAGUGUCAGAAGCCAGCAAGUGAAUUCCUGCAGGAUGUCAGAAGCACCUUGAGUAGGUGUGAGAAGGGGAAGUUCCAGCAGCCAAAGGAGAUUUCUCCUGAACUGGAAGAGCAAGUCAGCGAUUUCUCCCAGAAAACUAUUGUGCUAUCGGAGACUCUGAGGAAGUUCAAAGACACUCUACCAUCUGCACUGGAGACAAACAGAGGGGAACCCCUAGGAGCACACAGACAGGCGAAUGUGAUUCUGGAUCCAGACACGGCUCAUCCUCAACUCGUCCUGUCUGAGGAUGGGAAACGUGUGAGAUAUGGAGACAAACGGCAGCAACUGCCCAACAACCCUGAGAGAUUUGACUCUUGGGGCUGUGUGCUGGGCUGUGAGGGAUUCACCUCGGGGAGACAUUGCUGGGAGGUGGAGGUUGGGGAUAGGCGAUGCUGGGCUGUGGGGGUGGCCAGAGAGUCUGUGAGGAGGAAGGGAGGGAUCAGCCUCAGCCCUGAGGGGGGGAUCUGGGCUGUGGAGUGGUUGGUGGGUCAGUUCCAGGCUCUGACCUCCCCGGUGACCCCCCUGCCCCUGAGCCGGGCCCCCAGCAGGAUCCGGGUUUGUCUGGACUGUGACCGGGGGCAGGUGACAUUUAUCGAUGGUGGUGACGAGGCCCCGAUCUUCACUUUCCCGCCGGGCUCCAUCCCUGGGGAGAGAAUCCGACCCUGGCUCGGGGUGGGGGGGGGAUCCCAGCUCAGACUGUGUCCCUGUAACAGUGAGAUGAAAGUUCUCUCAAUCUGCCACAGCUCCAGAGCCAGAUCCCUUCUACCUGAUGUUAUCAUUUUCUUCAUUACGUUUUCUGUUCACAAGCUGGAAUCAGCCCGGUUCACAGUGAUUGGACCUGAUCACCCUGUCACUGCCAUCAUGGGUGAGGACAUCAUUUUACCCUGUCACCUGUCUCCCAAGAUGAGCGCUGAGAACAUGGAAGUGAGAUGGUUCCGAUCUGAGUUCACUUCAUUUGUGCACCUCUAUCAGCAUGGAAAGGAUGAGUAUGGGCAGCAGAUGCCAGAAUAUCAUGGAAGGACAGAGCUUUUGAAAGCUGGCAUCGUGGAUGGGAAUGUUGCCUUGGGAAUUGUCAAUAUCAGACUUUCUGAUGAGGGACAGUACCGCUGUUUUGUUCAAGAUGGUGUCUUUCAUGAAGAAGCUGUAUUGGAAUUGAAGGUGGCAGCUUCAGGCUCUGCACCUCACAUCUCUGUUGAGGGUCACCAGGAUGGAGGGAUCCGAGUGGUGUGUCAGUCGGCCGGAUGGUACCCGGAGCCCGAAGUGCUGUGGAGAAAUCUCAAAGAGCAGCCUUUGUCUUCGUCAACUAAAACCAAAUCUGAAGAGGAACAUGGUCUCUUUGAAAUAAAAAAUUCUAUCAUUAUAACAGAAAAUUCAAACAAGAAUUUGUCCUGUGCUAUAAGGAACACCCACCUGAACCAAGAAAAAGAAUCAAUAACAUUUUAUAUAUCAGAUUCUUUUUUCCCAAGAGUAUCUCCCUGGAUGGUGGGUUGGAGUGUGACUUUGGUGAUUUUGUUGGUGUUCAUCGUCCUUACUCUUUUUCUGUUCAAAUUAAAAGGGAAACAUCUCAACACUAUCCGUAAACUUCAAACAGAGCUAGAGUGGAGGAGAUCCCUGGGUGAUGCAGCGAAUGUGACUCUGGAUCCAGACACGGCUCAUCCAGAACUUGUCCUGUCUGAGGAUCGGAAAAGUGUGAGAUGGGCCGACACACGGCAGGAUCUGCCCGACAACAAUCCUAAGAGAUUUGACACUGAGCACUGUGUGCUGGGCUGUGAGGGGUUCACCUCAGGGAGACAUUACUGGGAGGUGGAGGUGGGAGUUGGGCUACUCUGGGCUGUGGGGGUGGCCAGAGAGUCUGUGAGGAGGAAGGGAGGGAUCAGCCUUAGCCCUGAGGAGGGGAUCUGGGCUGUGGAUCAGAGGCAGGGCCAGUACCAGGCUCUCACCACCCCUGUGACCCCCCUGCUCCUGAGCCGGGCCCCCAGCAGGAUCCGGGUUUGUCUGGACUGUGAAUGGGGGCAGGUGACAUUUAUCGAUGCUGGUGACGAGGCCCCGAUCUUCACUUUCCCGCCGGGCUCUGUCCCUGGGGAGAGAAUCCGCCCUUGGCUCUGGCUGGGGAUGGAAAGCCGGCUCAAACUGUGUCCCUGAGAGAUGGGGGGUAUAUCCCACUGGGGACCCUGAAAUCAGCCUCUCUAGUCUCCCACACCCCAGUCUCUAUGAUCUUGGCAUCAUCUAGUCCACCCAGACCUAUGGCCUCUUAAUUCUAUGUCCCCUAGAAACUCCUCCCCCCUCCCUCCCUGCAGCACAGAGAUUUAUAAAAUGUCACUGAAGGUGAGACUGUCACUCAUUCAUUUCAUAUGUUUCUUCCUUGACUUUGUUGCCAUUUCAGUGUCAUUAAAAAAAACUGUUCCCAAAACCUGUGGGUCUGUUUUCCAUUGGGGUGGGUAUUGAAGCUGUUUCUUGGCUCCUUUUCGCUCUGACAGGUGUUCACGGUAAAUAAAGCAUAAAAGAC